UCGCGCUUGCGCAUAACCUUCGUCUAAAAAACUCACGAAUUUUUGCUAAUUUUCCUAUUUAUUUAAAAAAAUGUCAACUAUAGAUGAGAAACGAGAAUGUCCGAUACUGAAGGAAUUAUUGAAACAUUUAAAAUCAGAAUCCAAAGGUGGAAUUUCGUUGUGUUUGGAGAGGAUCAAAAACGAACCAAAAUGCUAUAAGCAAUUUGCUAAAGAUGGAGGACUGGGUAUUUUAGUAAAUUUACUGCGUUUUCAUAAUUUGAAGAUAUUAAACAUGACCUUAAGUAUUCUUGCAAAUGCAUGUAUGACUUCGGAUGCAAGACAAAAGGUCAGAGGUUCUAAAAUAGCAGCUCAUGUAGUUUCUAUAAUAAAACAUAUCAAGCUAGGGAAUACUCUACAAUGCCGGGCUUGCAGACUGAUCGGAAACUUAUCAGAAUGCAAUUGGCACGCUAGAUCUCUGUGUCAAGUUGGUGCAAUUCAAGCUUUAGUUGAUCUCUUACAAUUAGAUACAAAUAUGCAAACCUAUUUAAUGGGUGUUAGAGCUAUAAGAAAUAUUUGGACAAUGUACGAAGGUAGUAGAGAAGAAAUCAUAGAAUCUGAAAUUAUAUUUAGAAUUACAGGGUUGCUAGUAAUGGCAAAGGAAAAAUUAGAAACAGAUGCAAAAUAUAUAGAAUUAGUAGAAACUUGUUUGAAAGCUCUGUGCGCCUUUUUGGUCACGCUAAAUCCGCGAGUUGCGGAACAAGUACAAGGAGAAAAAUAUUUACAAGGCUAUAAAUGCAUUAUACAAUGUUGCGAAAGAAAUAAUAAAAUCGCUGUUAAAUGUCUGUUCAAUCUUUGCCAAAUAGCAGAAUGUCGUCCAAUUUUGGGAAAUUCUGGUGUUAUCGAAAGUCUUAUUGCAAUUAUUAUUAAAAAUCACCCAGGGCUGUCUAAAGAAACGUUAGCCAGCUUGUGUCUAUUGUGUAGAGAAGCUGUUAAUCGUGCAAGAAUUAGAUUAGGAUCUGGUCUAGAAUUAAUGUUAUCCUUGCUACAAGAUCCUGAAUAUGAAAAAUAUCACCCCAUGUUAUUACAUGCUCUUGUACAAUUUAUUUACGAUAAUCCAAGUAUCGUAAUUAUGAUGAGGCAUGGUUUACUCGACGUUUUAGUAAGCAGAUUACAAAAAAUGGUAACCGAAGCGGUGGCGAACGAAGAGACUCACGUCUCGAAAAAAAGAGGAAACGAUUCUUCUCCGACCAGACAAACGCAGUUGAAGUACAAUAAGACUAAUUUAGGACGAUUUAGUUCAGACUAUUAUCGGGAUGAUUGGAGCCCAGGUAGCGCAACCAGCGUUUCUUCGUCACCUCCUAGUACACCUCCCUUACCUUUUUACGAUUCUAUAGAAAACGAUGAAAAUGCAGAAGAUAAUUACAGUCCAGUUUGUAGCGAUACAGAAAUUAUGGAUAACGAAGAUGAAGAGGUGGAAUCGUUAAAAAGUUGUAAAUCGGUAACUAUAGAUGUAGAAGAAUGUCAGAAUUCCGAAAACAGUAGUCGAUCAAAUUGUUGCGAUGCUUGGACGUUAAUACUGCUAAGUCAACUGAGUCAUUGGAAGGACCCAAUCGAAAGAUUAGCCGACCGGACAACCAUCGAAGCUCUAUCGAGUUAUAUUAAACAUGCCAAAAACCCGAAAGCAUCUAGAAUUUUAACUAGAAUCAUAAGAAACAGAGCGUACCUGUUGCCAUUGUUAAAGCAGGGCUUCGUUUUCGAAGCUCAAACAUUAUACGAUUCGGAGCAGUACACAAGACAGCUAUGUACGCUAGCACAAACUUGCGAAGUAAUUGAUCAACUUACAUCUAUACUACGUCGUGGGGACGAAGCUCAUAAAUUAGUAAUCGCAAUUUCGAUACCAUUCCUAAUUAAGGAUGGGGACGAUCUAAAAUCUCUAUUGGACGAUUACGGAGGUCUUGCGUUAAUAUUUCGCGUGCUCUCCGACCAGGAACACAACCUUCACGAAAAUGCUAUUUGGUCGAUCUGUCGGCUAGCGAACACGCUACAGAUUCAGCCCGAGAUUAUAGACAAGUGUCAAGUUACGGAUACCGUUUCGACUGAUUUUCCAAGAGUGUACGAUAGUCAUCCGAAACCCGCGAUGGUCACGUUCGAACUGGACGAUGGUACAACCGUAGAUGCUUGCAGACAUACGCUCUGUCAAAAGUCCGAUGUCUUUUCCGCCAUGCUCGAAGGAAACUUCUCGGAAUCGGGCAAGAAACGCGUCAAGUUACGAAACACGUCGAAGGAAGCUCUUGACACGUUAUUGCUGGUCACGUACGGCGGGACUUUCGAGAACAGGACCAUCGAAUCUUUGCUGGACGCUGCGCUACUUGCCGACAAGUUCCUCAUGCCCAAAAUGUUGGAUAUCCUGACGGAAAAUUCGGUCUCUAAAUUGAACUACAAAAACAUCAAUAGAGCCUGGAAUUGGGCGCGAGCUAAUUCUUGCCACGAACUAAAAUCUUACUGUGUUAAACACUUUCUCACAGCGACGAUGACAAAAUCUGAAAGAAUUCAAGCAUUUCAUGACUUUUCCAUCAACGAAAGUUUCCGUGAAUUUUUAAACGACGCGAGAGCAAUUAUCAACAACGUUCUGUUAGACAAUAGUUACUAAUAG